GUGUGUUCUACAAACUUGAUUUGGGUCUAUACUUUGCGAAUAGCGAAGAUUACUUUUGUUGCGUUCUGAUGUUGUUAAAGGUAAACAACAACAAGUCGGGUCAGUUUCAUGGGAGUUGCCAAGCUACAGGUACGCCACACAGUGAGACUGGAGUGGGAGGGCAAACCUUCUUGCAACCCUCCCUUCUCCUCAAAACAGACACCAGAGACAUGCUUGGUGCAGAAUUUUAGACCCUGACUAUACGGAGAAUGGAGAGAGGCCACGGGGAUUCAGCUGCUAGGCGUAAGGCCAGGAGCAAGACUGAUCGAAAGAGCAAGUCGCAGCCUUCAGGUCAGCCUACUUCAAAUGACAGUACUGCGCCACACACAAGUAGCAGCACCUCUGCAGUGUCAGCGAUAAGUGAAGAUGACAAGGAAUCCAAGAUUCUACUGCUGCAAGCAGAGGGUGAUGCAGCAUUUCACAGCAGGGAGUACCACCAAGCAGUGGACCUGUACUCAAAGGCGCUGGAUCUACAGUCUGACGUGUACGAGAUCCGCGCCUGCCGUACUGCCGCCUACAUCCAGCUGGAGGACUACAGAAAUGCUGAGGCAGACGCUCAACAACUGAUCAGCUUCAAGCCCAAGCUUCCCCAAAACUAUUAUCUGCUGGCGAUAUCCCAGGCCCACCAGGACAGGCAUGAGGAGGCCCUGGGGUCGUUUCUGCAGUGUAUGGACCUGGACCCUGAGCACAGGGACCAACUCAUGGAGUAUGUCGUCAGUAUGGCUGCACACGUCUGUCGACUGGGGGACAGCUCAGUGCACAAGUUUAUGGAGAUGAAGCCGGUUGCUGCACUGCACGAGCUAGGACAGACCCUGCACUACUGUGGCCUGCCAGCCCUGUGUGUGCAGAUGUUGGAAUCAGCUCUAAGGAUUCCUACAGAAGACACAGACAUAGUUACCAAGGUAUAUCUGUCAUUGGGGGAUGCCCACACUGCUGUCCGCCAGGGAAGCAAGGCCAAAUUUUUCUAUGAGCAGUGUCUGUCUGCAGCACUGAAGGCUGAUAAUGUAGUGCUGGAAACCAAGGCGUAUGUGAACCUGGCCAGUCUGUGUGAGCAGGAAGGACAGGUGUACGAGGCGAUCAUGUACUACAUCAGACUGCUGACUGUGGGGGACGACAUUCGGGCCAGCUUGGACGACGAGAAAAGGUUCCGUGACUACUGGUCCACUGAGCUAGAGCGGGGAAUCCACCUCAACUUAAGCAUUGCUUACAAGAAGAUCAGACAGUUCUCGAGGGCACUGCAUCACGGGAAGGACUACAUGCAACUCAUUGAGUCAUCCAACCAGCCAGAGCUCAUGAAGCAAGCCCAUUACCAUAUGGCAACUCUAUACGAAGCCGGGCAAGACUACAAGCAGGCACUCGCACAGUACAACUUGUUCCUCUCUUUCUGUAAGGAGGCAGAAGACGAGGCGUCCACAGCGCUUGCCCACGGGUGCCUGGGGAACUUGUACGCCUCAGUGUGUGACUACAAACAGGCACUUUUGCACCAUGAGGAGCAGCUGGACCUGAUGGAAAAGGAGGACAACGAAGGUGCACAGAUGAUGGCACACCUGCACCUGGCAGAAGUCCUGAUUAAGACCGAGGAGUUUGAGGAUGCGAGGGUGCACCUGCAGGAGUCCUUACAGCUGAGCAGGGAGCUGGACCAGCCGGAGCUGGAGUGCAGGACCUUGCUGAAGCUCGGUGAUCUGUUCUCAGAACAGGGUCGUCACCAGCAUGCCCUGUACUACUACGAGCAAGCACAGACUCUGGUGGAGGAUGAGGACCAGCCAGACCUGCAUACCAUCUGUCAGUUUCACGUAGCACACAUGAGCCAGUUCUCAACGUCACUCAAGGAACUGGAGACAGCCAGGCGGACAUUUGAAGAACUCAUCCCCAUCUAUGAGGACCAGGCACGCAGGUGUGACGAGGAAGAAGUACAGCUACCUGAGGAUCUGGGCAGGUCCCUUCAGCUGGCAUAUGAUGGUAUGCUAUCCUCUCUCAGCAAACUCGGCAACACAGAUCAGGCUUUAGAGUACACUGAGUGCCACAGGAGACAGAACCUGCUAUGGACACUGAACGUCCGACCACAGAUACCAGACUGUUCAAAGCUUUUUGAGGAUCCUGGCUCCUUGGCCAACUUAGUUGGAAGGUUUGAUCCACUCAAGAUCCAGCAACUCUUUGACAUUGUCAAUGUGACAAACAAGACAGUUCUAUACUACUCCGUGGUUAACGAUUCCCUGCUGUUGUGGGUGCUUCAGCCUGGAAAAGGUGUUGCCAGGUUCUACAAGUCCUCCACCAAGGAGAACUUUGUAGAAAAAUGCAGAGGUUGCAUUGCACUCAUCAGGAAAGUUGAGGGGCAGUCCAGCCCAUGCUACGACAUUGAAAACAGAUCACUUCCUAGGAAGAAGGCAGAGGUGUACGAAGUCAAGAAAGCAAACCUGCGUGCCUCACAAUCAAAGAAAGAAUUCAGGAAAGAGCUUGAGGAGGAAGUUGAAGAGAGUUCUAAGAAGAUGGAUCCACCAAGAAUGCCGUUUAAGGAGCUGUACAAUGUCCUCAUUGCCCCUGUUGAGGACCUCCUAUCAGCCCUCCCACUACAUAGUGACCUUGUCAUCAUCCCUGACAAAGAUCUCUUACAGGUGCCAUUUGACCUCCUGAAGGACUUCAAACAAAGAUGUCUGUGUGAGAGGUUUCAGAUCACCAUUGUGUCCUGUCUGUAUGUGCUGGAGGUGGCUUUUGUUGGUAUCCAGUCUGUCAGGAAGCCAGGUGCAGCCUCUACCAGGCCGCAGGACAAGUCUCUCAUCAUGGCCACAGCUUCCACCGGCAGUAUCAUGGUGACCAAGACCCGAGGAGAUCAGUCCACCAUUACAUAUACAAGGAGCAAGGAUCCUGGGAAAGGUCUGUUGGAGAUUCCGUCCACACGUGAGGGGAGGCCAGACCUGGAGAGGGAGGGGCUCAAGAGGAUGAAGCUCCUGAACACCAUCAAUAAACUGGUCACAAAGACAUCUACAGGGCAGCAGAUCACCACAUCAGCAUCUUUUGUGACGGAGUUCCGCCAGCUGAGUGGGCAGGACUACACCCUGGUGGUGGGGAACCCCACCCUGCCACAGGUCUCACUGUUUGGGAGGACAUGGAAACCCUUCCAGCAGCUCAACAUGGCCGAUAAGGAGGCUUCUAAGGUGGCAGACUACCUGGGAACAGAAGCCUUGACAGGAGAGGAGGCCACAAAGGAGAUGGUGAUGGCUAUCCUUCCUGCUGCUACAGUUGUCCACAUAGCCACCUUUGGUAGUUGGGAGGAGGGGAUCCUGGCCUUGUCUCCCAACCCCGACCAUCUACAGGACGGCCCACCAGCACAGAACAAGUACAUCCUGACAGCUGAUGACAUCUUGAACCAAAAGGUGUCAGCAAAACUUGUUGUGCUCAGCGGUUGCCAUGGGGAUGACUUUAGCCGCACCCUGGACCUUCAGAUGAAGUUACCGACUUGUCUCUUGGCCGCAGGAGCAAAGUGUGUCCUGACACAGAUGUGGCCAGUUCCCAACAUAGUGAGCAGCUUGUUCUAUCACCACUUCUACCAGGCACUGCAGAAAAAUGCCAGGGUCACCCAUGCCAUGAAGGUUGCAAAGGACAAGGUCAAAGCUGAUGACAGAUUCAGUGCCCCUGUGUAUUGGUGCACCUUUGUCCUGAUUGGUCAGGAUGUGGAGGUUGACCUGGGUCAGAUCAAGCGUGCCAUGUUGGACCAGACCAUGGAUAAGGUGGAGGAUGUGGAGGACCUCCUCAACCCCAAACCUCUCACACCUGAAGCCGCCAGUAAGGAGACCUUACUGUACAGACUGCAAGCCUGUGUCUCAGUUCUGCUGUCUCACUCCAGAGAACACCCGGACACUGUACCCACACUCCUGCAGAUGAUCGGAGAUGCUAUUGACCUACUGGAUGCUACAGAGUACCGUCAGCCCCCAGUCCGGCUGCCCGACCAUGUGGUGGCCACCCCUGGGGCCCUACCGCUCCUGUCGCUGCUGGGGUUUGACUUCCAGCCCCGGGGAGCACAUGUGGAGCAGCCCUACAUCCUGUUCCCCCACUGGAACCAGGGGAAACUACUAUUGCCGUCAUAUGAGUCACUGACUGCUGCUAUUGAUAUCAUUUCCAACCACCAGUGUACACAGUGCAUCUCGGAGAUCCUGCCCACUACAGAAGACAUCCUGUGCCAGCUGAUUGACAUGCUGAGCCUCACCCUCCACUCCCCAGAGCUGCAGCUCAGGGUGGGGGACACGGGCGUCCAGCCGCUCUGGGCCAGGGGGUCCGCCACACGAAGGCUACUCUCAGCGCUGGGGUUCCUACAGGUGGGGCCGCUCCUGGUGUUUAACAAGGUGGCGAGCAACAGGGUUCUUCUGACAGCCACCCUGCACAUGUUGUGUGCCAUGUCUGUCACCAAGUCCUCUGGUACGGUCCACAAACUGGACGUGUCUCAGCUGGCCACAUCACAGCUGACCACUGCCAUGACAAGGGAAACCAGCAUGGUGACUCCAGCCAUCGGCGCCAAGGUGCUGCCCUCCCUGCGGCCUGUUCUCCUGCCACGGAACCAGCUGAACGUGUCGGCGACGUGGAUGUCUGAGAAGGAGAAGCCGUCUGCAGUCAGGCACAAGCUGCAGCUGUCCCAGCAGCUGCAGGGGAUCCAGGCAGACUACAGGCGCUACAUGAGCCGCACGGUGCAGUGGCACAGUGAACUACUCACUGCUCAGGCCAACGAGAGCCUAGCACAGAUUGGGAAGGUUCCUCCCAACCCGGACAAGGUCAAGGUCAUUGCGGGUGCCACGCCCUCCAUGGAGAGAACACCUGUGGACCUGGAGCCGACCCUUGACCUGGAGGGGGUGGAGCAGAGACGAGACUACUCCAACUAUGUCCUGCACAGGAGAUGUGAGAACAUCGCAGACCUGCACAGGGACUCCCUCAGGAAACUCUACUUGCCGUUUCUGGAGACAGAGAGGAAGACCAAAGGGCUGGGAACUAGGGGGAAAAACACACACUCAUAGUCACAACUCUACCUGCCAUUUCUGGAGACAGAGAAGAAGACCAAAGGGCUGGGAACCAGGGGGAAAAACACACAAUCAUAGUCACCGAAUGUGUAGAUUUGUAUUUCCUGUACGUCUUAUCAUUGUAUAUACAUUCAAUUUGUGGUACAAAUCCAACUUGUUCAUUGCAUCAAAUCUAUUACAUAUCAUGAUCACAUGUUGCCUACUGUUUCACGACUUGUAAGCCCAGCUUGGGUUAACAAUGCAUCUUGUAGUCCAAAAGUUACUUCAUAUGAAUAUAUUCAAAAAGAUGAUGUUGUUAAAUUAGUACAAAGGCUAUCAAACUUUGCAUUGUCAACAAAUUUCUAUAGUACAUGUACAUACUUUAUAUAUAUGUAUGGUGUGUAUCUUUCUAAUUGGUCCAAUGUAAAACUUCCGAAGAAAGUAAUCUAUGAUACAAUAUAUGAUUAUAUUGCUCCAGCAAUUCACAAAUUAUUAUAAUCAUGUAUUGUUGAACCGUCUUUUGACAACAUGACUGACUAAUAAAUGCAGUGGGAUCCUUGAAUGACUUUUUUCUUUGAUUUUCAUGCAGCAAAAUAAAUUCAAUAGAUCUU